GCGGAGUGUCUCGUUCGUGUUGUGCGCGUGCGCGGGGGCGCGUUGCUGGCCCGUUGCCGUGGAAACCGCACGGGGAUGCGCUCGGGAUGAAGCGUCCAAAAUAUGCUCAAUGGAGGAACGCACAAAUUUUACCUCAGUCUCUCUCAACCUCAGAGCCUUUCAAGGAAGACCAAGACAAGAAACAGGCAGAGCAGGCAUUGCAGGAAUGCUCUUUUUUAAAUAAUUAAUCAAACUAUAGGAUCAGGGAUCACUCCUCUUCCCAUAGGAAGGCCGAAACUCUCCAGAUCUGCUGAGCCACUUUGAGGAUGGAUACGCUUCGCCAAGGCAGAAAAGAACCUGGGAUUUUGUCCUUUCCUUCUUCAGGGAUCCAUUCCAGGUGUAGCGUUUUCUCCACUCGACCGGCAUGGAGUCAAAGCUGAAGAUUUACAGAAUGGGGGAAGUUUUGCCGAAAGAAACGAAGGACGAAACAAAGGAGGACGACGCAGCCCUGAUUGAAUUCUACAGCUCUUUCAAGGACCUCUUUGAGUUCUUCUGUCUAAAUACCACGAUCCAUGGCACCAUUCGCUUGGUCUGCUCGAACAGCAAUCGGAUGAAAACAGCCUUCUGGGCUCUGCUCUUCUUAUCCAGCUUCGCUAUGCUCUACUGGCAGUUUGCACUGAUCUUCAACCAGUACUGGGCCUACCCUGUAGUCAUGUCGAUGUCGGUGCAUUCGGAACCAAAGAUGUUCCCUGCCAUCACUCUUUGCAAUUUGAAUCCUUCUAGGAUCAGCCCAGUCAAUCAAGAUAUAGCUGAACUGGAUAAUCUGGCGAGGGAAACUUUAUACAAUUUAUAUGGCUUCCACAUUCCUAAGAGCACCCCAGAAGACGUCAGCAUCGACAUUUCAGGAGAAAAUCCUGGCCAGGUCAACAGCACCAGAUUUCAUCUGGAUCGUAACAUCGCCCUAGUGAAGAUGGGUGGAAAAGUGGGGUUUCGGCUGUGCAACACAACAGGUGGAAAUUGUUACAACAAGGUCUACAUUUCUGGAGUGGAUGCUGUCCAAGAGUGGUACCGUUUCCACUACAUGAAUAUCAUGUCACAGAUCCCGUCCAUUAUCAAAAUGUCCCAGAAUGAUGAUCGCUUCAAAAACUUGAUCUAUUCUUGCCAAUACGAUGGGGAGCCGUGCCGAACAAGCGAUCACGAACAUUUUCACCACCCGGUCUACGGAAGCUGCUUCACCCUUAACAAGAAUGGAACGGAUAAGUUCUGGAAAGCUUUCAAGCCGGGAAUUGUUUACGGCCUAUCCCUCAUUCUCAAAGUGGAGCAAAAAGACCACAUCCCUCUGCUGUCCACCACGGCGGGUGUGAGAGUCAUGAUUCACCGGCACAACCAAACCCCCUUUUUGGAGCACGAAGGUUUUGACAUCAGACCCGGGACCAAAAGUACCAUCGGCAUCAAACAGGAUGAGGUGUCACGCUUGGGUGGGAAAUACAGCCAAUGUACCAAUAACGGGGAAGAUGUCAACAUCAAAUUACUCUACAAUGGCACGUAUACACUGCAGGCCUGUUUGCAUUCCUGCUUCCAGCAUCAUAUGGUCCAGAAGUGUGGCUGUGGGUAUUAUUUUUACCCAUUACCUCCUGGGGCCGAGUAUUGCAACUACAAUAAACAUCCUGCCUGGGGUCAUUGCUUCUAUCUGCUGUACAAAGAGCUCACCGACCACCAGUUAAUCUGCUUUAGCCAGUGCCCCAAGCUGUGCAAGGAAACUUGGUAUAAGCUCUCCGCCGGAUACGCUAACUGGCCGUCAACUAAAUCUCAGAAAUGGAUUCACAGAGCGCUGCAGACAGACCACAGGUACAACAUCACCACAAUGAAGAGCAAGGAUAUUGCCAAGGUGAAUAUUUUCUAUGAGCAAUUAGAUUACUACUCUUGGGAUGAGUCUCCGGAAUAUAACGUGACCCUGGUGAUGUCCAACAUGGGAAGCCAAUGGAGUCUUUGGUUUGGCUCCUCUGUCCUCUCGGUGGUUGAGAUGUUUGAGUUCCUCGUGGACGUCAUCAUCUUAUCUCUCAUCUUCUUCUAUCGGCGGCUUACAGCCAAGAGAAGGCACAAGGUGUCGAGCCCCCCCAAGAUGCCAAGCGUGAGUUUGACUUUGGAGAAAUACCGCUACAUCGAAGAAGGCUUGGCCACGGACCAAGAUGCAGAGAAGUCUCAGACCAGCUACGAGAAUCCAUCCUUUGUUCACGACGAGGGACUCCCUCCGUAUUCCAAAUAUAACAAGUAUCAGAUGCCGGAAUUAUAUCCACCGGUGGUUCUUCACCGGUUUAAGCACCAAGAAGACCAAGGGACGCACCAAGAUCACAAGAGUUAACGGCCACAAGGCCAUUUUCAAAGGACAGUUUCUCUCCGGGGGAAGUGGAGCCCUGCGAAAGGAGCGGUGAUUUUCCCACCCUUGGAAAUGUCAAAGCCCAAAGGAUAGGACCCACGGGAUUGGGCAUUCGACAGAUGGUGGAAUGGGUGAUUGUUCUCUUUUAGGUUUUCCUAAGGCAGAUCAAUGACUAUGCCUGUAAGGGGAAGACAGGACUUCCUCAAUGAGCUCAUGGAGGUCACGCAGUCAGCAACCCUCCCACCCCUUUUUUUCCCCGGACUAGGCAGUUGACACACUGCGUGCUAAUGAAUUCCUGGAUUGACUUGAAAAUUGUUUCUUCUUCCUUCUGUUAUUAGAUUCAGCUGGGCACCCUCGACUAGGAUAAAUUGGAUCCUCGACAUUUCACAGAUUUGCUCAGGUUAAAUGUUAAACCACUCAUAUAUAUUUUUUUUUUCUAAAAAUACCUCUUAAGUGGACAUUUACGAGGAAACGUUUUGUAUCGUCUGCAUUAACGGGACCGCCGGGAAUCUUGGGAGGAUGCGGAUAACAGUCAUCCGCGCUCUUCAUUUGAGCAAAAGGACUUUUUG